CCACACAACAGAGUGGAAAAGAUAUACUAGCAGCCAGAAGAGUAGAGCAGGUGCAGAAUGGAGAUGACUGAGGGCAUCUAUCGACCUGUAGACCCUGGUGAGGUCAGCAAGCCCGCUACAGACAAAUAUGAAGAAGCAGGCACCGACACCAUUGAUGUUCUCAGCAAGACUCCAGACUCCAAAGACAACCAGGAAGGCCCAGGUCCUCAUCACUCAAGGCCUUGGAGGAGCACUGCUGUGUUUCUGGGUCUGCUGUGUGUUCUUCUGCUCUCUGGUAUUGCAGUUCUCAGCUUCAGAAUGGUGGAAGCCAAACAGUUACAGGAUAGUUGCACAGAGAAACUAAGGAUGCAGUCAGGUCAUGACAAUCUGAUCAGAGAAAAAUUACAGUUGCAAAAGAGUUACGAUACCCUGAGUAGUGAGAAAUCCCAGCUACAGACCCAUUAUGACAACCUGAAUUCAGAGAAAUCCAAAUUGCAGGACAAAAUUAACAACCUGAAUAGUGAGAAAUCCCAGCUACAGACCACUUACAACAACCUGACAAAAUACAGCACCCAACUGCAGAAAGGUUACAACAACCUCAACAAACAAAAGGCCCUUUUGGAUGCUAGCUACAAUAACGUAACUGAAGAGAUAUUACAGUUACAGCGUAAGUAUAGCAAUCUAUUUAAAGAGAAGUCUACAUUACAAAGCAACUGGGAAACAUUGGACGGAGAGAAUUCCUUGUUACAAGACAGAUAUCAGAACUUAACUGGAGAGAAAUUUCAGUUACAAACCAACUACAAUACCCUGAAUUCAGAAAAAUCCAAACUGCAGCACAGAUUUAACAAUCUGUAUACAGAGAAAUCCCAGCUGCAGACAAGUUACAACAACCUGAAUUCAGACAAAUCUCAGCUACAAACAAGGUACAACGACCUGAAUUCAGAGAAAUCCAAAUUGCAGGACAAAAUUAACAACCUGAAUAGUGAGAAAUCCCAGCUACAGACCACUUACAACAACCUGACAAAAUACAGCACCCAACUGCAGAAAGGUUACAACAACCUCAACAAACAAAAGGCCCUUUUGGAUGCUAGCUACAAUAACGUAACUGAAGAGAUAUUACAGUUACAGCGUAAGUAUAGCAAUCUAUUUAAAGAGAAGUCUACAUUACAAAGCAACUGGGAAACAUUGGACGGAGAGAAUUCCUUGUUACAAGACAGAUAUCAGAACUUAACUGGAGAGAAAUUUCAGUUACAAACCAACUACAAUACCCUGAAUUCAGAAAAAUCCAAACUGCAGCACAGAUUUAACAAUCUGUAUACAGAGAAAUCCCAGCUGCAGACAAGUUACAACAACCUGAAUUCAGACAAAUCUCAGCUACAAACAAGGUACAACGACCUGAAUUCAGAGAAAUCCAAAUUGCAGGACAAAAUUAACAACCUGAAUAGUGAGAAAUCCCAGCUACAGACCAGUUACAACAACCUGACAAAAUACAGCACCCAACUGCAGAAAGGUUACAACAACCUCAACAAACAAAAGGCCCUUUUGGAUGCUAGUUACAAUAACGUAACUGAAGGGAUAUUACAGUUACAGGAUAAGUAUAGCAACCUAUUUAAAGAGAAGUCUAAAUUACAAAGCAACUGGGAAACAUUGGACAGAGACAAUUCUUUGUUACAAGACAGAUAUCAGAACUUAACUGGAGAGAAAUUUCAGUUACAAACCAACUGCAAUACCCUGAAUUCAGAGAAAUCCAAACUGCAGGACAGAUUUAACAAUCUGUAUUCAGAGAAAUCCCAGCUGCAGACAAGCUACAACAACCUGUAUUCAGAGAAAUUCAAAUUGCAGAACAUGUUUAAUAUCCUGAAUAGAGAAAAAUCCCAGUUAAACACUAGCUACAACAACCUGAAUUCAGAGAAAUCCCAGCUGCAGACCAGUUACAACAACCUGAAUUCAGAAAAAAAUCAGCUACAGACUAGAUACAACAACCUGAAUUCAGAGACAUCCAAAUCGCAAGACAGAUUUAACAACCUCAAUAGAGAGAAAUCCCAGCUACAGACAAGCUACAACAUCCUGAAUUCAGAGAAAUCUCAGCUACAGACAGGAUACAAUGAUUUGAUUAGAGAGAAAUCUCAGUUACAGACAAGCUACAACAACCUGAAUUCAGAGAAAUCCAAACUACAGGACCGAUUUAACAACCUGAAUAGAGAGAAAUCCCAAUUGCAGACCAGGUACAACAACUUGAAUUCAGAUAAGUCUCAGCUACAGACAAGUCACAACAACCUGACCAGAGAGAAAACCCAGCUACAGAACAGACUGAACACUGUGACUGCCGAGAGGGAUGCACUACAAGAGAAUUUGUCAAACCUACAAUCACAUGACAUGAAGAGAAUUAAAAGUCAUGCAGUGGAUGUGACUCUAGAUCCUGACACAGCAAAUGCCUAUUUCAUCUUGUCUGCUGAUGGGAAACAAGUGAGAUGUGGCGACACAGCGCAGAAUGUCCCUGACAACCCCAAAAGGUUCAGUCCUGUUGUAUGUGUCUUGGGAAAACAGGGGUUUUCUGCUGGCAAAUUCUACUAUGAGGUUCAGGUCAAGGGGAAGACUGAGUGGGACUUAGGGGUGGCCAGAGAGUCCAUUACCAGGAAGGGAAUGAUAACUCUGAGCCCUGGGAAUGGAUACUGGGCAAUAUGGCUGCGUAAUGGGAAUGAGUAUAAGGCACUAGACAGUACCCGUGUUCUCCUCUCCCUGAAAGAGAAGCCCCAGAGGGUGGGGGUGUUUGUGGAUUAUGAGGCAGGUCUGGUCUCCUUUUAUGAUGCAGACUGUUGGUAUCAUCUCUACUCUUAUGCUAAUGUUAAGUUCACUGAGAAACUUUACCCAUACUUCUCUCCUAGUAAUAAUGAUGGAGGUAAGAACUCCUCUCCUCUUAUCAUCUCCUCAGUUCAUAUCUGCCCUAUCAAGUAAUGCAUAAUGAUGGGCUGAUGUUUUAUUAAAACCAGCAGUUCAUUACGCACCUGAAACUCCUCUUACAUCUCUAAUAAGUUCAGAAGGUUCUUUUUUCAUGGAAAAUCCCUUCAUGGCCUUAAAAUGGUUUAUAUUUGUUGCAUACUGAAGCUGUAAUCGGUCUGCCAUAAAUCCUAAGUAGAAAUUCUCAAUCAUGACAUUGACUGCUUAUUAUGACCGCCGCUAGCGUAGCUAGCGAAGCGGUCAUAUAGUUGUUGUCAAAGUUUUUUUUUUUUUUUUAUUCUUUUUUCCCGUCAUUUUUCGUCAACGAUUCCCGGGACACCGUAACACCGGAGCGCAUGAAACUUGGUGGGCAUGUAGCCCCAGUAGAGUUCUAUGGAAAAUUUUCGUUUCGUCCCCGGGGGUCACUCCACCCCCGCGCUGCCCCCGCCCGAAGCCCAAAAAUGACAGUUUUUCCUACAUAACUACCUGAACCGUGGCACCGAGGAUGACAAAAUGUUUAUGGUAUGUUGUUCUCUAGAGCUUGCAUCAACUUAGCUUAUAACCAGUCAUUUGUGAUUUGCCCCCCCAUCGUAAAAAUUGAAAAUGCAAUGUAAUAUUGCUUUAAUUGCCCAUA